AGUACCACUCCUCCACCGUAGUGAUUUUAAAUUCGUUUGUGGCAACUCUUUCAACUCAACAACACUCUGAGCUGAAAUCUGAAGCAACUUUUGUUGCCAUUGCAGUGAGGAAUGAGAUGGCCAAUGGCAGCACUACCCAGAUGUUCAAGCUUCUGCUUUUCCUUCUGAUUCUUCACUCUGCACUCGCUGAGAUCUUCUUCGAAGAGAGAUUCGAAGAUGGAUGGAAGAGCCGUUGGGUUUUGUCGGACUGGAAAAGGAGCGAGGGAAAAGCAGGUACCUUCAAGCACACAGCAGGGAAAUGGUCUGGAGAUCCUGAUGACAAAGGUCUUCAAACACAUAACGAUGCGAAACAUUUUGCCAUAUCUGCAAAGAUACCCGAGUUUAGCAACAAGGACAGAACCCUUGUGGUGCAGUAUUCCAUUAGGUUGGAGCAGGACAUUGAAUGCGGUGGCGGUUACAUCAAACUUCUCUCUGGUUAUGUCAAUCAGAAGAAGUUUGGUGGUGAUACCCCUUAUAGUUUGAUGUUUGGACCAGAUAUAUGUGGCACACAGACUAAGAAGCUCCAUCUUAUACUAUCAUACCAAGGGCAGAAUUACCCUAUUAGGAAGGAACUGCAAUGUGAAACGGAUAAAUUGACUCAUUUCUAUACAUUUAUUCUAAGGCCUGAUGCCUCUUAUAGUAUCCUUGUUGAUAACCGGGAAAGAGAUUCGGGAAGCAUGUAUGCAGAUUGGGACAUCCUUCCUCCGAGGAAAAUCAAGGAUGUCAAAGCAAAAAAGCCAGCAGACUGGGAUGAUAGAGAGUACAUUGAAGAUCCUAAUGAUGUCAAACCAGAGGGAUAUGAUUCAAUUCCAGCUGAAAUUCCUGAUCCAAAAGCCAAGAAGCCUGCUGACUGGGAUGAUGAUGAUGAUGGACUAUGGAAGCCCUCAAAGGUUCCUAAUCCAGCAUACAAAGGACCAUGGAAACGCAAGAAAAUCAAGAAUCCCAACUACAAAGGAAAGUGGAAGAUUCCAUGGAUUGAUAACCCAGAAUUUGAGGAUGAUCCCGAUCUUUAUGUUCUCAGGCCAAUUAAGUAUGUGGGCAUUGAAGUGUGGCAGGUGAAGGCAGGUUCAGUUUACGACAACAUCUUAAUUUGUGAUGAUCCGCAGUAUGCAAAGCAGGUUGUGGAUGAAUUUAUGGCUAACAAUAGAGAGUCCGAAAAAGAAGCUUUUGAAGAAGCAGAAAAAGAAAGAAGGGCUAGGGAAGAAGAGGAGGCACAGAGAGCACGAGAAGAGGGUGAAAAAAGGAGAAAGGAGAGGGAUCAUAAAUAUGGAAACAGGAGGCGGCGUCGAAGGCCGGAUCCCCACGAUACGUAUGAUUACCAUGAUGAACUUUGAAAGGUGUAGUCUGGGUAGGUGGCAGUUGUGUGAUUGCAGCAAUAAAAUGCAUCUUUGAAGUUUUUAGAGAGUGCUGUGAAUUGUAGGACCAAAGCUGCAACUGCACCGACCAUACCGAGCUGUACUGAAUUGUAACAUCUGAAAAAAUGGGUGGCAGUCAUUAUGUUAACCUCAUUUCUUUUGGAUUAUUAUUAGGAAACAGCUGGUCAGCUGGUACUGUUCUGAACAUGGAAUUUGAACUUUUUCAACCUGUAACCCAGAAAGAAGAAAGAAUUAAAAAAUUGUUUUUUGGUAAU